AUGACUUCAGCAUUCGAGCCUUCUUUGUCCUCCAGCGUCCAUAGGCAAUCCAUGAUGAUGGCUCCAACUCAGUCCAUCGCCGACACGCUGCCGAGCAUCAACUUCGGCUUCGAUGACCUGCGCGACAGGAUGGCGAGAUUUACGGCCAAAUUCGACGCAUUCAUCGAGCAAGGAAGGAAGCGCGUUUUGGAGGAGAGGAACCAGUUCCGCAUGAACAUGGCUGAGCUACAAGAGGACGAGCGCAUGAAGCGCAAAGACAUCGAAAUCCUCGAUCUCAAAACCUCAACCUACCAACAAACAAUCGCCAAAGAAACCGCCGAAGCGCGCGAGAUCCAAUCGGCCAUCGCCUCCCUCGCCGACCAGCGCGACAAGCACAUCGAAAAGCGCGACGCCCUCAAGGCCCAGAUCGCCGCGACGCAGCGCGAGAUCGACGCGCGACUGGCGGCGCAGCGAGCCCACGCGCAGCAGCUCGAGGCUCAGGCUCGCUUCAAUGUGCCUGAGCUCGAUUUCUGGGUGUCGAAUUUGUGUCUCAAGAUUGAAGGGGCGGGUCACACGGAUCACCUCAAGUUUGUGUAUACACAUAUUGAUGAGAAGGAUUGGGAGAAUGAGGCGUGGUUUGAGCUCGUGACGGCGUCGAGAGAUUAUGACGUUGGGAAGUGUAGGCCGAAGUUGGAUAGGGAAAAGGUGGAGAGGGUUUUGGAGAAGAUGAAUGAGACGAGAGAGUUGGUGACGUUGUUGAAGGGGAUGAGAGAGUUGUUUGUCGAGGCUAUGAGGGCGUGA